GAGAGAGGGAGAGGAGAGAGGGAUAGAGAGAAAUAGAGAGAGGGAGAGGAUAGAGAGAGGGAUAGAGAGAGAGAGGUAUGGUGUGAGGGGGUAGAUGGCUGGCCCUGAUGAAGACACACACACACAGGGGUCUCUCUCCAGCAAGCACACACACACUCCUGAUACUGCUCACCCUCUGUCUCACAGCCCAGGCGCUGGUUCUGCAUGUUCCGGAGGGUUCCUUGCAUGCGGUGGUGCAGGGUUCCGUCCUGCUGCCUGCUGAUGUGUCCAGUUUGGGCCUUCCGCUCGUCUCCUGGAGGGUUGCUACGGCCACGGGUGUGCAUCCCAUAGUUACCUGGCAACCAGGUGUCCCACCCAACGUGUCCUCAGGCUACGAGAGGCGAGUGGAGAUGCACACCAACGGGUCCCUCACACUCACACAGCUGCGUCUCCAUGACACCGGAUACUACGUCGUCACGGUUACAGAGUCGUCCGGCAACAGUAAAGAGGCGGGCCUGUUGCUACAGGUGACAGAGGUGCGGUAUGAGGACCUGCAGUAUCUGGGUGUGGUCCUGCUGGUGCUGCUGGCGGUCAGUGGUUCCCUCAUGGUGUCCAUGUGGCUGUUGGAGAGGCUGUAUCGACACCUGAUGUCACGGCAACGCAAAAGACACUCGCCAGAUCUUCAAGUUGAGCUGCAGCCAUUGGAAGCCACACCGAACAGCACCCUGUUUCCAUAGCUACUUGGGUCAAAUAACAAUGUUACAAUAUCCACUCUGGUCACGCAACAAUGUUACGAUAUCAGUGGGUAGCCACACCCACUGCUACGGCACCGGAAAGCAGUUAGGUGUGUGUGUGUGUGUGUGUGUGUGUGUAUAUAUGAAUGUGUGUGUGUGUGUGUCUUAAACACACUGACAUCUUGUGUGUGUGACCCUGUAGAAACUCCUCUAUGUUCACUAUUAGCACAUUAGUUAGGAUGUGUUUAUACGUUUAGAUGUGUCACCGUUAGGACGUGUUGAUAUGUUCACUAUUAGCACAUUAGUUAGGAUGUGUUUAUAUGUUCACUAUUAGCACAUUAGUUAGGACGUGUUUAUACGUUCACUAUUAGCACAUUAGUUAGGACGUGUUUAUACGUUUAGAUGUGUCACCGUUAGGACGUGUUGAUAUGUUCACUAUUAGCACAUUAGUUAGGAUGUGUUUAUAUGUUCACUAUUAGCACAUUAGUUAGGACGUGUUUAUACGUUCACUAUUAGCACAUUAGUUAGGACGUGUUUAUACGUUUAGAUGUGUCACCGUUAGGACGUGUUGAUAUGUUCACUAUUAGCACAUUAGUUAGGAUGUGUUUAUAUGUUCACUAUUAGCAC